AGUCUCACCUCAGCUGGUAAAAAUAGCACGUUGUGUCACACACACACACACACACACACACACACAGUCAGUGAACAAGCUGAAGGCAGCAGACUGCAGGACGUUAGCAGGAACUUAGUUAUGGGUCUGGGCAGGAGUCUGGGGGUCAGUGGCUUGUCUCUGCUCAGAGACGUUUGGGAGGUCCGAGUGAAGAAACACCAUCAGAGACAGAAGAAGGAGCAGGAGAGGGUGGAGCAGAGCGCCCUCCCCAAGAUCGACCAGCAGUGGCAGUAUCGUAUCUACUGUAAAACUCUGAAGACCAAAGAACUCAACCUGCUGCAUCGUUACCUGGAGAGAUCGACACCGACUGGCAUGGAGGUAAAUACUACAGAAGCACAUGAGCUGGAGCAAGAGGACCCAGAGCAGAGCAGACUGGUCUUCAAGCUGGUUGGAGACCAGUGGGCGGACUUCCCCGGGGAGCUGCAGUGGAUGACGUACCUGAGAGAGUGGCACGUCAGCGGGACGAGGAUCAGCCGGCUGCCGGCGUUCUUGUCUCUGUUCACCCAGCUCACCGUCCUGGAGAUCCCCAAGAACACCAUCGCAGAGCUGCCUCCGGAGAUCGGUAAACUGGCGGCUUUGAGGGAAUUGAACGUCAGCUACAACCGUUUGUCCAAAGUUCCUCCAGAACUCGGAGAGUGUGAGAACCUGAAGAGACUCGAACUCACGGGGAACCACAACCUGUCGGAUCUGCCGUUCGAGCUGAGCAGCCUGAAACAGCUGGUUCACCUGGACGUGGCAGAGAACCACUUCGUGUCGAUCCCCAUCUGCGCCCUGAGGAUGAGCGGCCUGCAGCUGCUGGACCUGAGCGACAACCUUCUGACCGACCUGCCGCAGGACAUGGACAGGCUGCAGGAGCUGGUCUCUCUGUUCCUCCAGAAGAACGAAGUAUCUUAUCUUCCUCACUGUCUCACCAACAUCACCACACUCAAGAUGAUCGUCGUCAACGGAGACGCCCUCACCUGCUGCCCCACGGCCCUGUGCAGGAACCCCCACAUCAAGUUUAUCCGACUGUGCGACCGCGCCAGUGCAGAGAAGAAGAAGAAGAAGAAGAAGAAGAAGGAAGAGGAGAACAAGAAUGAGAACAAGAGGAAGAGGUGGAGAGGGCCGAGGGAGGAAGAGGAGGAGGUGAAGGACAGCAGAGAGAAGGAGUUCAUCGAGGCGUACGUCAGCUCGCUGAAGGACAGAGACACGGUCCCUGAAUCCACCACCAAGGUUUCCAUCUCCUGCCUCCUGUGAGGAAGAGGAGGAUGAAGGACGACCGAAACAGACAGAAGAAGAAACACUUAUUAUUUUAUAAGUUUCUUCACUGAGAUUAUUUUUAUAUAGUAAUUUUGAGUUUUUUUAAAUAUUAUCUUUUCGUAAUUUUUUUUUUGUUUCAUUCCGAAAAGCAGAUUUCCAACCUUUAAACAGUUUGACGUAAAAACUCUAAAAGUUCACAGCUUUGUUAAAACAGAGUUCACUAUAUAACGAUAACAUAUUGGUCCUUGAACGCCUCACGCAUGAACUGGAUGUAAUGGUUGAAAUUAUAAAAGCAAAAAAACACCGAGAAACGAGCUUGAACCCUAAAAAAACAUGAUAAAUUAAUACAUAUUAAAGUUUAUUAUUGAUCAA